CUCCUCGACUCUUUUGAUCCCUUCAUUACUGGCUCACGUACUGCACCCUCCUUCCCCCCCCCUCCCCUCCUCCCCUCCACCCCACGCAUAACCGCUGUUCAUCCAUGUGUGGUGCAGCAUGGAUCUCAACAAGCGGCUCUUUCGCCUCGAUAUCGAGAACAAGAGCCAACCGCCACCACUCAAUUUCACUAUGGUCACCACUCCCCCCGAUGAGGAUGAGGAUGACGAUCUAAACCACAUAAAUCUUCGCGAAGAAUCCUCGAGACCGGCACCGAUGGAUCUCGCUCAGAGCGCAGAGAGCCUAAAUGAACGGCAGCCGCUGGAUUCAGGUUUGAGUCGCAUUUAUCGCUUCACGCCCACCCCGACCGUCGUGUUGGACGCUUCCUUGCAGGUUGUGGAGGUUUCAGAUUCACAUGUGUCUUUUGCAGGCUUGUCCAGGGAUGUGAUCCUUGAUAGCUUUAUUUGCGAUAUCUGUCCCCGUGUCAUCCCGGCUCUCGAUAUCGCCACUCUGUACGGUGCGCUUCGAGCGGCCAUCACGUCGCGGGACAUCCAGCUCGUCGACAACAUUCACUUGGACGAACCAAAUACUUACUACUCACUUCGAAUAACACCAAUCUACGACAAGAGCACUUUACUUUACAUGGUGUUAGAAGCGCACUCUAUCACGAAGAAAUUCUCCAAUCCCACCAACAACCACCACUCCUAUGUCAACGAUACCUACAAAGUGCUACUGGACACUGUCAAGGAUUACGCCAUCUUCAUGCUGGACACGCGAGGCAACAUCGUGACGUGGAACUCCGGUGCCGCCAUCCUCAAAGGUUACAGCGCUCGGGAUAUCAUCGGAAAGCACUUCUCCACCUUUUACGGGAAAGAAGAUCGAAUUGCCGAUAAGCCAGGCAAGGAACUCGUGGUCUGUCUCCGGGAAGGCAAAGUCGAGGAUGAAGGCUGGCGGUACCGCAAAGACGGGUCGCGAUUCUGGGCUAAUGUGUUGAUCACUCCCAUGUAUGAGUUUGGUCGACACAUUGGCUUUACCAAAGUCACGCGAGAUCUGACGGAGCGCAACGCAGCGGAAGCGCGCAUGAUUGCCGCUUUUGAGGAGUCGUCCAAACUCAAGACGGAUUUUUUGGCCAAUAUGAGCCACGAGAUUCGUACGCCCAUGAACGGCAUGCUGCUCGCGCUAACAACACUCAUGGAAGCGGGCCUGACUGAACGUCAGCGUGAGUAUGCUGCGAUCAUUGAAGACUCUACUUCUCUCCUACUACAGGUUAUCAAUGACGUCUUGGAUUACUCGAAGCUGUCGUCCGGUUCGUUUUCGCUUCAUCCUGAUGCGUUCAGUAUCGACAGUGUAACCGGAGCCGUCGUGCGCAACUGCAAGAGUACCCUCAAGCCCAACGUGGAGUUAACCAGCUACAUUGCCCCGGGCUUCCCCUUGCAAGUUGAAGGUGACGCUCUGCGGUACCGACAGGUUCUCCAAAACCUGGUAGGAAAUGCAGUCAAGUUUACCGACACAGGUUAUGUCAAGAUCUACACCACGUUUGCCGAAGACCUCGCUGAUCCGGCCAUUUUCAAUAUCACCACGGAAGUUUUCGACACAGGAGUCGGAGUCCCCGAGGAUGCGCACAGCUCACUAUUCACGCCCUUCACUCGCUUCGCCGACUCGAAUACGAGACGAUACCAGGGUACAGGUCUUGGCUUGUCGAUUUGUAAGAGUUUGGCGGAGCUUAUGGAUGGCAGCGUGGGAUUCCGACCCAACCCUGAAGGGCGUGGCAGUGUGUUUUGGAUGAUAACCAAAAUGCGUCGCGUGGACAUGAAGGUACCGCUGAGGAUCCACAGUCCCCUCGUGGAGAAUGACGACGAUGUCGAAGCCAAGAUACGAGCCCUCGCGCCUCAGAAAUACGUGUUGCUGGUGGAGGACAACCUUGUGAAUCAGAUGGUCAUGCUUAAGUUGCUCAAGAACAUGGGGUUUGCCCGAGUUGAUGCUGCAUGGGACGGCGCGGAAGCAGUGCGACUGGUGAAGCAACAACCUUUCGCCUAUAAUCUGAUACUCAUGGAUAUCAACAUGCCGAUCCUGGAUGGUGUCGAGGCUACUCAGCAGAUCCGGCAGAUGGGUUUGGACGUGCCCAUCAUUGCCCUCACUGGUAAUGCCCUGAAAGGCGACGCGGAGAUGUAUAUGGCCAAGGGAAUGAGUGACUACAUCGGAAAGCCAAUUCACCGGAAACAGCUUACGCGAUUGCUUUGGAAAUGGAUGGGCACUUGAUUGAGUUCUGAGGAGUCGAAUUAUUUGUUAACCUAUUGUGUUCCGAUUGGACACGGGGCUAAUCAGAGUGCUUUAGUCCUGCCGUCUGCAUUUAGCG